AUGUCCAGUCACAUAUUUAAAGAUAUUCAAGAUAAAGAGAAUGAAUUGAAGAUUUCAGGAAUAAGGCGUAAGGGGAUUAUAAGUAAUGAAAAUUCUGGUCCACUCUUAAGUAAGGAUUCGAAUAGUAAACAGGUACAACAACAACCACAACCACAACAGCAGCAACUGAAAUUUACAAAUAAAAGAAUUCCACUUGGAGGUAAGAACCACAAUUCAAACAAUUUGCUUUUGAAUAGAUCACAUUCAAGCUUAAAUACAAAGCCAACAACACAAGGUGUUACAAAUGCUAAACCGCCAAGUUUAACAAAGUCAAAUUCGAGUUUGGGUUUUUCUGUUGCACUGGAUCAACAAACAGAACAACCAAAACAGUUUCCCCAACUGUUUGUUGUACAUAAUGAGCAGGUGUUGCCGGUUAAAAGAAAGCUUUUACUGGAUACAAAAGAUGAACUUUCACAAAAUAACAAGAGGGUGAAACUUGAGAAAAAAGAGUCAGCUGCUAACACAUUUACUGAUUCAUUGACUAAAACUAUUCAAAAUGCUUUGGCACCUGUUGAAGAUUUGCAAACUACUAUUUCACCAAAAACUGAUCAACUAAAUUCGUCUAAUUUAACUUAUAACGAUGUCAAUCGGAACAAUGUCGAUCCUAUGAAACGUGAGCUGCGUAUGAAAGCUAUUGACGAUUUAGUGGAAUUGCAUUGGCAGGACCCGAUAGAAAAUAUUCCCGAAACUCGUGGAUGUGAGAACAACGGCGGAGACCAGUUAGAUGAAUUGGAUAUAAAGCUUUUUUCGACACCAACUGAGAGUGUUGAUGCUGUUGAUAUGAAUCAAAACCAUAUAUCAAAUAACGAGCAAAACCUGUCUUUGGAAUUGGAAUUUGGAGACGAGAGUAAUGUUGGAGAAAUACCAAUCAUUGACGGUAUUGACGAGGAAAUUGGUUUGACUAGCGAUGAUUUGGAUAAUUUAUUAGGAUAA